CGUCUAGUCCGGUAUGUUUAGACCGGAGACUUUACCAGAAGUUUAGACACAGUUAAACAGACCGGCAUUCACGAGGACAGCUACGUGUUCUCCUUCUAUUCUCAGCGGCUGCCGUAACUAUGGCAACAACAGAAUACGACCGGAAGUCGUGAGUUACCUGGAGCGCAGGUUGGCGCAGGUUGACGCGUGUUUCCCGGAGCUGUCUGGAGGAAACGUUUCUGAGCUCGUGAACAUGUCUAAAGCCCAAAUGCUGAGAGGUUUAGUCAACCAGCGACUCACUGCGGCUGCGCAGGAGAUCUGCGGGCUGUUUGAAGAAACGAUCGCAGAGUACAAGGAGGAACUGUGUAGUUUAAAAGAGGAGAACGAGCGGCACCGGAAGCUGCUGCACGCCGUGUUCAACCCGGAAGUCCGGGUCCAACGAGCAGAGAACCCACAGCCCCCCCAUAUAAAAGAGGACCAGGAGGACCCAGAGCCUCCAUAUAUUAAAGAGGACCAGGAGGACCCAGAGUCUCCAUAUAUUAAAGAGGACCAGGAGGACCCAGAGCCUCCAUAUAUUAAAGAGGACCAGGAGCCUCCAUAUAUUAAAGAGGACCCAGAGCCUCCAUAUAUUAAAGAGGACCAGGAGGACCCAGAGCCUCCAUAUAUUAAAGAGGACCAGGAGCCUCCAUAUAUUAAAGAGGACCCAGAGCCUCCAUAUAUUAAAGAGGACCAGGAGGACCCAGAGUCUCCAUAUAUUAAAGAGAACCCACAGCCCCCCCAUAUUAAAGAGGACCAGGAGGACCCAGAGCCUCCAUAUAUUAAAGAGGACCAGGAGGAGCUCUGGACCAAUCAGGAGGGAGAGCAGCUUCAGUUCUCAUUCUCUCUUGUAAAGAAUGAAGAGGAUGAAAAGGAAGCUCAGUGCUCUCAUCUUCAUCAAAGACAAACUGAACCGAUGGAAACAGAAGCUGAUGGAGCGGAUUGUGGAGGACCAGAACCACACAGGAAGUUAGAUCCAGAAAGCGAUCCAGGACCAGAUGCUGAUGAGACUGAGUACAGUGAUGAUGGGGAGGAGACUCAGGAACAUCAGUCAGAUGUGAACCCUCUGCUAAACAACGAAGUACCUGUACGUGAUGUGAACUGUAGUCCUGGAAAUACCUCAACCAGCUCGCCUGCAUGUGCUGCAAGCUUUGACCACCAGGGACAUCUGGAGAAACCCAGUAGCUCCAAAACAGGAGAGAAACCAGUUCAAUGCUCGCUUUGUGACAAAAGAUAUGGAUUCAAAAAGUAUCUAAACAGACACAUGCUCUUCCACACAGGGGAGAAACCAUUCAGUUGUUCCGUGUGCAGUAAAACAUUUACACGUAAGGGAAGCCUGAGCGCUCACAUGCACGUCCACACGGGAGAGAAACCAUUCAGCUGUUCCCUUUGUGGGAAAAGAUUUUCACAAAGGCCCAAUCUGAAACGACAUUUCAGUAUCCACACGAGAGAGACAAAUUAGUCGUGAAUUUCGCUUAACAAGAUUCUCUUGUGACGGUUAUGCCAACAAUCUAAAAUAUAUUUAUGAGAGUCUGAAAUAAAUAUGGUUCAACAC